AUGAACGAAUAUCAUUUCAAAUGCAUUGUCACUGGUCCACCAUGUGUUGGAAAGAGUUCCAUCUUGUUGCAGUUCUGCGAGAAGGAGUUCUCACCAGAGAUUGAUACUACGGUUGGAGUAGAGUUCCAGACAAAGACAAUGGAGUUGGACUCUGCAUAUAAGAUCAAACUGGAGAUUUGGGAUACUGCCGGUCAAGAAUCAUUUAGAUCAAUCACCAACAACUAUUAUAGAGGUGCUCAUAUUGCACUCUUGGUAUAUGAUAUUACAAACCGCCAAACAUUCCAAUUCUUGGGAAGCUGGCUAGAGGAGAUUACACAUAUGUCUAGUGCCAACAUUGUAACAUUAUUGAUUGGAAACAAGUGCGAUUCCAAUGAGAGACGUGUAGUCACCCACGAGGAGGGCGCACGUUUCGCUCGCGAGAACAACAUCCUCUUCAUUGAGACUAGUGCCAAGGACAGCACCAACGUCGAGAAGGCAUUCGAAGAGGCCACUAGAAAGGUUGUAAAGUUAAUCAAAGAGGGCAAGAUGGUUGUAGUCGACAAGAAGCCACAGACUGUCAAUUUGAAACAAGCAGAUAAUGCCAGUCAUAGCAGCAGCAGCAACCUCAACAAAAAGAAGGAAAGUGGUUGUUGUAAGUAA